UAUUUACUCAUUUCUCAUUAGACACUACACAAUUUAGAUUGUUCAAAAUUCAAUAGGCAUUUUCUUGGAACUAAAAUCAUGAUCUAUGAAAGCAUCGUACGGCUUAUCGCACUACUAGUGGGUUGUCUAUAUCCCGCAUUCAUGUCCAACAAAGUUUUGAGUGCCAAGAAACCCUCCGAUGUAAAUAUGCGCGUAUGGGUAUCAUACUGGAUUGUAUACGCCGUCUUUUUGCUAUUUGACUACUUCACUCAAGGCUUCGUUGCGUUGGUGCCUUUCCUCAAUGAGUUCAAGGUACUGUUCCUGUGCUGGCUUCUGCCGACACUCGGCGGCGGCAGUAAAAUAAUCUACGAACAGUUUCUAUGCUCGUUCCUCAAAAGCAACGAGAAAUCCAUUGAUCAGGCACUGAUAAAUGCAUCGCAGAGAGGCGGCGACAUUAUUGGACAAGUGAGGAGUGUUAUUUUUGGUCAGGUAAUGAACGCGAUUAAUUGCCUCGGCAUUUCGCGACACAAUAAACACAAACUCCGGAUAACGCCAAGUAUUGAAGUUAUCAUUAAUGAAGUGCUUGCCAAGCGUGAGUUGCGUGGACAGAUUCAAGCCAAUGUCGAACAUGGACCCCAAGAAGACAUAGCCGGAGAGAUGAAGACAAUCGUUCUGGCUAAGGAGAACGUGGAUAGACCCAAGCCCAAAUUGCCUCCGAAGCCUGCAGCUCGCCAACGUCAACUGCCCGUUAACGAAAACAUAGAUAUCAUUCUGGAUUAAAGCAUACAAUAAAUUCAAAUUUAAUUACUCGCCAUUUAAAAUAAAUAAAUCUAAAUAAUUAAAUGAG